UGGUACUGUCAUGUAAAGAGUUUCGAGCGACCGCGGGAACUCAACGUAUUUUCUGCCUUACGAAUUGGCGGGAAAUAUUACGCACCAAUUUGAGAGCAUAUUUUUUAAUUAAAUAUUCAUUAUGAGUACAAACGAAUAAAUUGUAUAAAUUUAAGCGAAAUUGAAAGUUGGUUUCGUUUAAUUAGUGAAGUUGAUAUAAGGCAUAGACUUAAGACUAUGGUGCAAAGGACAGAGGUUCGUGUUCGCUAAAAUGAGGUUUUUGUUCUUUUUAAUAUUGGUGCGGUAUGGCGUUUUAUGCGAAGAUGACAGUAACUAUUAUGUCAUCGAGGUACCAGACCCGCUCAAGGACUAUCAAAAGUCCUUCAAAGUAUAUUGGAAUGUGCCGACAAUGCAAUGCAAAUCGAAAAAAAUACCGUUCGACGGUCUAUACGAGAAAUACGGUAUAAUACAGAAUAAAGAUGACGAUUUUUUAGGCGAGAGCGUCGCCAUUUUGUAUGACCCUGGAAAGUUUCCCGCGCUUUUUGAGACUGACAGCAGUGGAAAGUACGUUGAGCGUAAUGGUGGCGUACCACAAGAGGGUAAUAUAGAAGAGCACGUGGACGCGUUCAAGGAUACUGUCUCAAAGAGGAUACCUGACCCAGAUUUUAACGGCAUUGCCAUAAUCGAUUUCGAGUCUUGGCGUCCUGUGUUUCGACAGAAUUUCGGUGUACUGUCAGUCUAUAAAGACAUCUCCUACAAGAAAGAGUAUGACAAGCACUGGUGGUGGCCUGAGAGCUGGGUCACUUCUGAGGCAAAAUAUCGUUUCGAGUCAUCGGCUCGUGAGUUUAUGCAGGCGACGAUUUCCAUCGCCAAGCAGAUGAGGCCUAAAGCCCGGUGGGGCUAUUACGGGUUUCCUUACUGCUUCAACAUGGCUGCCAAAAACAUGGCAGAGGAUUGUCCACACAAUGUUAAAGAAGAGAAUAAUCAAAUCUACUGGCUCUGGGCUGAAAGCACAGGCCUCUACCCUUCGAUCUACAGCUCACAGAGCUUGUCAUCGUCGGAACUGGUUUCCCUUAUCAGGGGACGAAUCCGAGAAGCCUCUAGGCUGCAGGUGAAGGGCACUCCGAUACUUCCCUACUUCUGGUAUCGUUACAGAGAUGGAGGGUUCUUGAGAGAGAGAGACCUGUCAAGAGCAUUGGAAACUAUAUAUAACUCGGAGGCCUCCGGUAUUAUUAUUUGGGGAAGCUCGAGCGAUGUCAACACUGUAGAGAAAUGUACAAAACUAAAAGACUACAUACGCGAGACUUUCGGACCAUACGUCUCCAAAUACACAAAAAACAAACGGAAAGUUCAAAACGACGAAGAAUUCACAUCGAAGCCCGCAAUUGAGGAAAAUUCUUUUUUUCCUCUUCAGCCGAAUACAGAAAACAUUUUAACCGAAGAGAGUCAAAGUGAGAGCAAUAUAACGGAAGAAACUCAAGUAUUAGAUAAAGAAUAUUUUAUUAACAAUUUAACGAGCAUCAUAUUUAUAGUUGAUAGUGAUAAAGUUAAGGAUAAAUACAUCCUAAAUAAUAUUUCGUCUCCAACGAUGACGGAGGCAACCUCCACCACAGAUCUAAGUACGAUUCAAAUACAUGAGACUAGUGAAGAGUUUACUACAGAAAUAUCAAAUACAACUGACGUCUCUGCGGAAUUUAUUUUUUCGUCUGAAAUAACUACUGAAGGUGCGGAAACAACAACGGCAAAUAGUAUCGACGCGUCCGAAGAAAAAAUAAUGAUAAACGAUGAAUUUAUCAUUUUAUUCACAAAUCUAUCAUCACAAAUUCUAGAUUUUACAACCGAUAAUCUCGAGAAACAUUUAGAUUCAUAUGAACCCAGUAAAAGUAAUCGUGAAAGAACGAGUGAAACGCCAGACUUAUACACUCCGACAGAAUCUGUCGACGAAGUGGUUAGCUAUAUUUAUAAUUGAUAAUCAUUUUUAUUUAUUAGAAGAAAUCACAUGUUUUAUUUAUUGUCGUUGGUGUUUUUAAGGAUUUUACAUAAAGUUUUGUCCUUGUUUUUUUAAAUAUCUCCCAUAUCUAAUUUAAAUUCUGAUAUUGACUGAUAGUAAUAAUUAUGAAAUUCCGUAUUUAGAUUAAUAGUUAUCAAUUUGUACAUGUUAUUAAAAGUAGGAUGCAAGGAGUAAACCUAGAAUCAUCAAUACAUCUAAAAAGACAACAUUGCCCUUAUCUACGCAGCCCGAGGGCAAUAAUGUAGGCUGAGCUGAGAGCCUCUAAUUCUCUUAUUUCGCUGCUUUAAUGGCUAUCGGCAUUGAUGCCACAACGAGUAACAAUUUUUGCUGCUAAAUAUUAGAUUUUGGUUAGCAUGAGCCCAGCAUGUUUUUACCGUGAAUAGUUUUUAUAUAUCUAAUUGAUUGUUUUAUUACAAAGUACCUAACACAGAUUUUUAUUAUAAAACAUUUUUGUUUAAGAUGGCAAAUGCGCCGAAGCAGCCAUCGCCUUAUAUUGUAAUGUAUAGUAUUUAAGGUGUCUUUUUGGUUUAAUAAAUACGGCUUUUAUAGUUGGAAACCUCGAAAUCCCCAAAUUUACUUUAUUGAGGAGUGUAAUGUAAAAUUUGCUUAGGAUUUUGAUAAAGGACUUACUAAAAUUGAAGGCACUUACGCGCCGCACACUAUUCAGAUAUUUACGGGCCCUGGUGAUUUAUCUUUGAACAGGCACAAUAUACAUGUUUAACGUUAUGACAGACCACUCGAACGGGAUCGCAAGCCUUGGAUGUAGUUAACGUCUUGUCUUGUUUUAGUCUGUUGCACACUAGAUGGCGCGGGCACAGCCACAGACUGGCUAAUGGAAGUGGAAAGGAAAACUAAAAGCAAGCCAGAACAGUACCUAUGUUAUAUGUAAUGUAAAGUCUUAAAAAUCGUAAUGUGUAAAACUUUUAAGCCUUUAGUUUAGAAUAAUAAAUAGUAAUACUGCCUAUUUAACAUAUUUUUAUUCGUAAUGUGUGUCGUACAAAUAAAAUAAUGGCUGCUAAGUUAGAAGAAACAUAGAACAAUAAAAUGUUGUAC